CCUGGUACGCCAUGGCCCACAAGCCUCGAGGCGCCCUUUGCUUCUCUCGGUGGCGCCGCCUCACCGCGCCUCAUGGAACACAAGAAUAUUCGGAUUUGUUAUUGGCAGUCCAAGGAGAUGGCAUCUUUCAUCUGGCGCCUGAAAUGAACAAAGUGAAUCUCCUGCUGUACAAGCACACGGCUCAAACGGUACCAGCCGUGAAGUCUCAGAAGUAA